CCCGAACCUGUGCCUGCGCUUCACAGCGGCUGUGUGAGGAAUUAUUAAAAUCUGUAUUUUAGUUUAACAUUAUCGCAAAUUACUGAUGGGGUGUUUUUGCUAAACUCUAUAAAUCCAAUAGUAUUUAUCUAAUGCCUUUUAAAAUUCAGGUAAUUUAAUGACACAACUUAAAAAUAGCGAGAUUAUAUUUUAGACGAAUUACAGAAAAUGUUACUGUAGUGAUCAGGUGAGAAGACUUCUGCCUUACACAAGGGGCUUAGACCUGUUGGUCAUGGUUUUUUUUUUUUUUUGUUUUUGUUUUUGUUUUUUCUGAGAGCGGCUCAUCGUCGCCCUGCAACAAACGAUCUUCGUUUACGGUGCAGCUAACGGUUCAGCAAAGUUGUUGUUCGAAGUCAAUUUAAUUUAGCUGAGCUGCCAACUGAGACCGUGCUGUUUUUAUUCACGUUAACUAAAUCACAACAGAGGUUUUAACGAAUAAACGUUGGUAAACAAAGCGCAGUUAGCUUUCUUUUUGUCGCCGUUUUCACACUGCUGCUGUUGACAACGUGUCCGGUGGUUUGCUAGCAACAGGUGCGGAGAGAAGAGCUAAACCCAAGGAAGGAGCUAGACACCGAUGUGUAGGACGGUACGAUACGACCAACUCAAUGAGGACUUCGGACAAAGUAGGCAAGAUGAACCAGGAAGAUGUUUUGGAAAAGCUGAAGAAGGAUGUUCGCUCCUUGCUUAUUUCAUCUAAGAUGGGAUUGGACCCUGAUCAGCUCAAACGAGACUACUUCAUCAUGGUGGGACAUCCAAUGCCCUUGAAACUUCUGGGCUUCAGGAGCGUUAUGGAUAUGGCUAGGGCCCUGCCAGAUGUGGUGUCCGUUCACACCAGGCCAGAUAGUACCCAAUACUUACGAGCUGUUAGUGGAGAGUCUACUCGCACCAUUGAGGAGCUGGUAGCCAAACAGCGCUCACCUAAAAAAGGCAAGAAAGUCGGGACAGGAGGUUUCAGCUACUUCUCCCCUCGUUACCUUCAUUCCUCCCCCUCUUUGGUCCUGCCAAGAAGAGGUUCUGCUCCCCCAUCCCUUCCGUCCCAGCUGAGGGCACAGCUCCGCCUUCUGCUCUCCAAGGGUCCACUCAGGGUGUCUGACCUAGAGGCCUCUUUCUUUCGCUCCUUUGGCCACCUGCUGCGUGUCCACAGCUAUGGCUUCUACUCCACUGGAGAGAUGCUGGAGGCAGCAGCGGACAUGAUCGUCAUCCAACAAAGCAGGCUUGGCUCAGUUUUGAUCCUUAGGGAACAUAUGAUCCCCAGGCCACUGCUCUGCCCCGCCAGCUCACCAAUGUCGUUUGGAUCCAUAAAUCCAAGAUCGCCUAGAAUCAACAAACCAGCCUCCAAAGGGCCAAGAAUCGAAGUCCAGACAUCAACAAAACCUCCAGCUAAAGUUUUAGUGACUUCUUUGAACCAGCCUUCUACUGAGACUACCUUGGGCUCAGACCAUAAUGAGUCAACAACUGUCAGUGACAAGACAGAGAUGGCUAAAAAGAUUCAGGAAGCCACACCUGUGCCUUGUCAAGAUGGUCAGCUCUUUCAUAAGCGCAUCCUCAAGCUGGAGGAGGAGCUUCGUCAGCAAAUCCUGGAGAAUGGAGUUGCUGGCACCAUCAGUCAGGAGCUGAAGGAGAAGCUACAAAAGGUGGUAAGCCAGAAGACUGGUGGAUUAUCGGUUCACGAUCUGCCUUCUGAGUAUAAGAGACUUUUUGAUGAGGACUUGCCAUUGCUACAGAGCGGCUUUGUCAACGUCACAGAACUUGUUGGUGCCCUGAGUGACAUUUUCCACCUCAAACCAGCAGGAGGUGACAAUGGACAUCACUGGAUAAUCAUGAACAUACAGGACAGUAACAGUACACAACCAGAAUCAAAAGAGACUGAGAAUUUUGAUGAUGGUGCAAAAUUGCAAUCUACAAGCUACUACCUCAGUGGAGGAGAAUCACCUUGGGAGGGUAAACUGGAAGAAGAGAGUGAUAAUAUCACAGCAGAAGUUGCAGACGAGGAGGUGGAGAUGAGUCACAUUACUAAGACCAAAGAAAUGUUACACUGCAGCCCUACUGUGCCCCUGGACGCCCUGCAAAGCGAGCAUCUCAAACCACCGACACGCCAUGCUGCCCGAGAGCUUGUAGAAGUCUUGGUUGAACAGGUGGAGUCACCUGGACAUUUCUACAUCCGUUUUAGUGGGAGUGAAGAAGCCCAAGCUAUGGAGCAGAUGAUGAUGGAGAUGAGACGAUAUUACAACUGUCGUGAUGUGUCGGAGUGCUACCGCCUACCUGAACAGUUUGUCCGACGGGGUCAGGUCUGCUGCAUAUCACCCACAGGAAUGUGGGUUUACCGGGUGGUGAUCCAUCAAGUCAUCAGCCCCACACAGGUUGAGGUGUACUAUGUUGACUUUGGAGUCAUGACAGUAGUACAGAGCGCCAACCUCAAAUUCCUCAAGUCAGCUUAUUCAGUUCUUCCAGCACAAGCUGUUCCAUCAUCUCUCACUGGAAUUAAACCCACCACUGGGAUUUGGACUAUUGAGGCCACAGCUUCUUUCCAGAAACUGUGCUCUGAUCGCACCCUGGUGGGUGCUCUGGAUUGUUACACUGGAGAUGUGCUGCAGCUCUACCUGUGUGACACAAAUACUGAAAAUGACAUCUAUAUCCACCAUGUUCUGCUGAGCCAAGGCCAUGGGACAGCCUGUAGCCCUGCAGUGACCGCAGCAUUGUGUGUCCAGAUCACGCCAGUAAGUCUCUACUUGGGAACGGGAAUGGUUGACCUGCCAGAGGUAGAACUGGAGGUGAUUUCAUCCCCCAAGCCAGCGGACAACCUUAAACAGUCCAUUUUGGCCACGCUGAAGGUUGAAGAUGAAGAACUACCCGCACUGGAGUAUAUCGGUGAAAAUGAGAUCAUCCCCCACAUCCAGGGUGAAGGGGGCAACCCGUUCAGAGCUCUGCUAAAUGUCCAAACCCCUGGAAGUAAUGAAGUAGGCUGUGUGUCGACCAAUGAAUAUCCUCCUACCAGCUCCCCGUGUUCCAACACCAGCCCUCUCGCUCCUCCAGAUCUGAUUGAGAUGACGCGGGCUCACUGUAAAGCUGAUGUUGAAACAGUGAGCAUGACUCCUCCACCAGCUCCAUCCAGCAGUAAUUCCAGCCCCUGCUGUCCUACACCAGAACAAGUGCAGCAGCAGCCCAAGGUCACUACCCCUCCAAUGGUCAGACCAUCCCAGAUCCUAAGGAUGCUGAACCUCCAUACUCCUGACCUGGCCCCGACCCAGGACUGCUUUCCGGGUGCUCCUGUCUACUGGCGUAACUCUGGCUGUGUGUCUCCUUUCUUUGGGUCCAGGUUUCCCAGAGACUAUGGGUUGAGGAGGAAUUGAAAGUUUGUCGGCUUAGACCUGGUGUCAUUCCAUCAGUGUUUAACUUCCUGGCUCAUCUUUGAAGAGUACGUGCCAGAAAGACCACGACCAAGCAGCCUUGAGAUCUUAGGCAGUGUCUCCCUCAGGUCCCUCUCUAUCUCCCCACACAUCCACCAACCACUGGAACACAUCUCCAAAGUUCUGCCAGACCAGCUCAGCUUCCCCUCAGAAGAAGUGCCGCCACCUGCCAGAUGAAGGAGCCUUUUGAGAGGCAGCUGGAAUCGUGAUUGGACUGUACUUUGGUCUGUUCCAAUCCAGCUUCAGCUCCAGAGACGGCAGGCGGGACGAGUCAACGGAGGCCUGGUGGACGAAGGCAUGCAGCUGAGUACAAUCCAGAAAACAACAGAGGAGGAGUGCAGCGGCCCAGAGCCAGAACAACCAGAGUAGCAUGACCAAAGAACUACAGACUCUUCACAACCUGCUCAAACUCUUGGUACAGGACCUCACCACAUGGGUCAAGAAGGUUUCCGUCUCAUUUCUACUCUGAAGCUCACCUUCUCCUGCUCAAACUGCUGACAAAUGUUUCUGCUGCUCUAAAGUCUGGUCUCCAGAACUUCCUAAAAACUCUCAAAGUCUCUUCUGCUGCAGGUUGCUUUGUAGAACUGUUCCAGAAAACCUCACUAAACCACAUGGAGGGGCCUCAAGAUAGUCAUCCAAAUGAAACCAUACAAAAACCAAACUAGCACAACCCAAACGCUAAAGUCUCCUGCAGCCUACCAGAGAACCUCUGAGAACAGAGAAUCAGGACAGGAACUCUUACCUUCUGGACAACCAACGUUGGUUCUCAAACAAGAAUACAGAAUGUGCCUGACCAAAAACCUCUGAAGACUCACUACAGCCAAGAUAAAGACACAACUCAGCUGCACCAAAUCCACUAAUCACUGCACACAUUAGCACCAUGUGCUAACUGUGGCUAAAGAACCACCUUUACCAAGACAGCUAUCCAGUACAAAGCCCUAAAACACACCAAGAAACACAUUAAAGACGAUUUUACUGCUUGAAGCUGCAAGCCAACGCCUAAAUAACAAACUAAAGCAAUGGAGCCAAACCCAGUUCAGGUGAAGCAGAGGAAAUGUUUGUCUGCAGCUAAAUAAAGCAGGAAGACACUGAGCUGCUCAGGUGUUCCUGAUAACACCAAGCAGCCACCUGGACAGCCAAUAGGAACACAGCUUACUGGAAGUCCAGAGGGCUGGGUUAGUGAAGGAAAUUUAGUUUAAAGUUGAAGCAGAAAGUUAACAAAGAAAGUUGAAAACCACCUUCUGAUACCUGAAAUCUCUGUUUUCACACAAAGAACACUUGAACAUGUCAAACUUGCUUCAUAGUAGAACCAUCAUUGUAAAAACGUCAUAGUAUGGUGCACUGUUCCCUCUAAGCUGCGCGCGUGCACAAAUUUCGCACUGCUGACACGGUCUCUGCGCACAGAAAAUCUGCGCUGCGCACAAAAAAAAUCCAACCUAAAUUGUAAAUAAAAUAAACACGUAACAAUUCAUUCUGUGCUAUUUUUCAAUGUGAGUCAGUGAGUUACCGGUGACUGGCUGCUGCAGCCAAUGAUGCGAUUCACAUACGUAUUUACCAUAGACUGUAUAUAAUGGUAUUUACGUAGCGAAUCAACGUCAGACGUCCUUAUGUGCAGCCACCGUUGUUCUCAUAGAUAUGAAUGAGUAGAUAGGACACGGCUAAGCUAGUGGUGGCAAAGUUUCAGUGCAUUCCGUUGAUGUAGACGGCGUGAAAACGGAAACAAGUUUGCCGGCUCACUGUGCUGCAUACAAUUACACACUGCGUCGUACGAUUGAGACAAGGGAACUUGGAAUGACUUUUCAUAGGUAAGAAUAGUUUUUGGCUCUUUUUUCAUUAUGAAAUCUUGUUGAGAGCUUCCAGUCUAUGAGAGCUAACUGGUUAGCCACUAGCAAAACACUAAGGGGAACUAGCAGCUUGACAAGCAAAUACCAGACGAUUAAUAGUAGCUGUAGAAUAGUUGUACAAGCAGUAGUAGUAAUACUAAAAGUACAAGCAGCAGUAGUAUAAAAUAGCUGUUAGAACCGUAGAAGUAGUAUCAGCAUUUGUAAUAGUAUUACAAGUUGUAGUAGCAGUGCCAGUAUCAGCAGCAGUAGUGUGUACUACCACUACUACUAGUAGUAGUCACAUUGCUAUUACUACCACCAAUACUACCAAUAGUAGUUAUAAAGCCUAACUCAUGUAUAUCCAGAUUACCAUCUAUGUUCUUCCUCCAAACCCAUUUUAUGAUUGGGAUAACAGGCAGUUCUUUAGGACUGCUCUCCAAUAAUUUAAAUGUUACUAAACAAGGUUAUACUUAUCAAAUUAAAUAGCUCUGGUCUCCAGUAUAUUGACGAAUUCGGUUCUUUGUACUUAAUUUAUUAGCAUGAUUUCUUUUUAAUAUGUUGUCUACAGACUUAAUUACUUCUCU